AUGGAUAUAUGCAUGGUGUUUCAAGACGUGCGUCGCUUGUUGCAGGUUUCGCUUAUUAUUGGCGGACUCAGCACUAUUGGACCAGCCGGCGACCAGCAUGUUGCCACUCAACACUGUGCAAUUAUUUCUAGUACAGCGGUCUGGUACUCGACUUUUCACUUUGUGUUCAUUGUACUUGCGUAUGUGGUGUCUUUCAUAUCACUAUUCAUCGUGUGGAGAAUAUCAAAGAAGUACUCACGAGGAAAAUUCGGUGGUGAUAACCGACUUGGUGUAAUGUUGAUUAUUACUGGAUCAUCGAUUAUUCUCGUUGGAUCCGAAUCUAUAGUGAUGAUUUUCAUAAGGUGGAACGUCAUGUCAUUCAGUGAUACUACAGUCGCGAUCACAUAUGCAAUGCCUGGAUACCAUCUUGCCGGCUAUCAGGCAAAACCCGAGCACACCGAAGAAGUGAACCGUUCCAUCAACGGUGAUUUGUUGGCGCAAUGCGGACUGGCACCAAACAGACUUAUACCUCUCGGCAUCCUGCCAAUGAACGACAUUUUACGAGCUGUCGAGCGGUCUUUCGAAGCUGAAGGAUCGCUUCUACUCAAUCAUCCCGCAAUACACAUCACAGGCUGA